ACUCCCUUAAAAUUUUCCAUUAAACAAUCAUCCUUGAGUUCCAUACGACAAGUAAAAUAAUCUUGCCAGAAUUGAGAAAACAAAGUUACAAUGAGGUCAUCACAAUUAUUGUUCCAAUAAGAGUAGCAACAUUGUCGUAUGAAACAAAAGUUUUUCAAGCACAAAUGUAAGCACUAGCUAGUUUAAUCCUCAUCAGUCAUCAAUUCUUCUCCUCCAUUUCUCCAAGAUCAAUCUAUCUGCACACACAUACAUAUAUCUUCCCAAUUGUUUUGCAUAUAGGUAGAUAGAUAGAAUCAGUUGAAAAAAGAUGCAAAAGGCUUGGGUGUAUGAAGAGCAUGGAUCCAAGGAAGUUCUGAAGCUAAGAGACAUUCCCAUCCCAUCUCCACAGCCUCAUCAACUGCUCAUCCAAGUCCAUGCUGCAGCACUCAACCCUAUUGAUUCCAAGUUGCGCCAGAAUCCAUUAGGCCGCUUAGAUCUUCCCGUUGUCCCUGGCUGUGACAUGGCUGGCGUCGUGGUGGCAAAAGGAGACGGCGUGGUGAGAUUCCAAGCCGGUGAUGAGGUUUAUGGCAACAUUCAAGAUUUUGGGAGAGGAGGGAAGCUGAAGCAGCUAGGAACCUUGGCUGAGUUCACUGCUGUGGAGGAGAGUUUAGUUGCUGUGAAACCAAGAAACUUGUCAUUUGCAGAGGCUGCUAGCUUGCCUGUUGCUCUCCAGACAGCAGCUGAAGGCUUCAAGACUGCAGGUUUUGAGGAGGGGCAGUCGGUUUUCAUAGUAGGCGGUGCAGGAGGUGUCGGGACUCUAGCCGUGCAGCUGGCUAAGCAGUGCUACAAGGCCUCUUUCGUGGCUGCAACCACCAGCACCAAGAAAGUGGAGUUUGUGAAGAGGUUGGGUGCUGAUAAGGUGGUGGACUACACCAAGAUAGCCUAUGAACAAGUUGAGGAGAAAUAUGAUCUUGUCUAUGACACAAUUGGUGACUCGAGGAAUUCCUAUGUGGUGGCCAAGGAGGGAGGUUCUGUUGUGGACAUAACAUGGCCUCCAUCCAAUCCAAGAGCUCGAUUUUCGAGCUUGACAGUUUCUGCUGAUCUCUUGGUGAAGCUUAGGCCAUAUUUGGAGAGUGGGAAGCUCAAGGCAGUGGUUGAUCCCAUUGGCCCCUUCCAUUUCAGUGAUGUUAUCAGUGCUUUCGGGUAUAUAGAAACGGGACGAGCCUGGGGAAAGGUCGUCGUCUCUCCCUUCUCCUCCAUCAAUGGAUACUAGAGGACUGUAUUCAUUUUGUGAAUAUUCUGCCAAGAAUGAUUCAGAUUCUGUGUCAAUAUACUGUAUAUAUUGGAAUUUAUAGAAGACUACAUGAAUUUUCAA